AAUGUGGAGACUUAAGUUGGGAGAAGGAGCAAACAACCCAUACUUAUGGAGUAGCAACAACUUUGUGGGAAGACAAACGUGGGAUUUCGAGGCUGAUGAAGGAACUCCAGAGGAGCGAGCUCAAAUAGAAGCAGCUCGCAAAACUUACUUCCAAAAUCGCUUCAAAGUUCAAUGCAGCAAUGACUUGUUUUGGAAGUUUCAGUUUUUACGUGAGAAAAAUUUCAAACAAACAAUUCCAAAAGUGGUGGUGGAGGAAGGAGGAAGUGUAACAAAAGAAACAGCGACCAUUGCGCUGAGAAGAGCCACAACGUUCUUUGCAGCCUUACAAAGCAACCAUGGCCAUUGGCCUGCUGAAAACUCUGGCCCUUUGUUCUAUGCCCCACCCAUG